AUGAAAGCUGGCCGCGCCUUUGGCUGCCUUUUCUGGGCCCUGCUCUAUUGUGUGCUCUAUCUGGAUCUGGUCAGUGGAAAUUCCGCCGACGAUGAGCUGUUGGACUUUGAUUUCGCGGACUCCAAGGAUCCCGCUCCGGAGGAUUGGCAACUGGAUGAUCUGGAGGAGGCCCAACAGGCGGAGGAGGCUGAAAAGAAGUUGGAGUCGAAUAUGCUGGACUUUAGUGUGGACCUUGAUGAGCCGGAACCGGAAAAACAACUGCCACCCUUCGAUUGGCGGGAAAGGGUCUUGAGAAAUGCCCUGGCCAAAGCUUUGGCCGAUGAGGGAUUGCGACAGAAGUUCGUGGAGGUGAUGCCCAUUUUGAGGGUUCUUUCUUCCCAGCAGCGAUUGGCCCUAUCCGCUUUGAUCUCGGCCCAGAUGAAUGCCAAAAAGGGGCAAGAACUGAAGUUUGAACAGGUUCGAAUGAUGUUUGGCAAUGACAAAAAGCUUCUGCUGCCCAUAGUCUUUGACAUUGCAAAUCUCAUAAAGAGCUCCACCCGGAAGUACAUUCAUCUGGGUUCCGACCUGGCCUCUGCUGCCCUUUUCGACAAACCCAUCAGUCGUCGAGGAGAUGAUUUGACUGCAGAGGAGUCCCAACACGAUGACCAAGUGGGCACCAUUGCAGUGAGUGUGGAGCCAAAGGAGGAUCCUGCUGAGGAGGAGCAAUCGGAAUCCCUAGAGGACUUCUUUGAUGAGAUGGGAGCAGAAGUGCUUGAUCCACAGAUGAUCAACGAGGCGCUGACAGGCGAUCUUCAUGGCAAUGAAACCAAGUCCCCGAAACCGGAAAGUCAUGGUCAAAGAGUUCGGCGCUCGGCUAAUGAGUUUGUCCACAAACUAACUCGAUCCGUGCCAGCUUCUGUGAGUGAGCAGCAACUUUUGGGUGGCAUUGCUGGACGGACCAUCAAACUGAAUACCACGGCUUUUCAACAGCCAAGUAGCCAGGAGGAGGAGGAGGAGCAGUUGGCUUCCGCUAAUGAUGGCCAGUCGUCAUAUGCAGAGGUGGAGGAUCUGGCUUUUGCCGGUAUUAAUGGCACCGAAAUCCCCCUGAGUGCCGAUGAGAGAUUGGAUCUGCAACGAAACAGCGGUGAGGAGACAGAGGAACCCCUACCUAGUCCCGAGGAACUAAUUGCCGGACCUCGUUAUCGCCUGGGAAAGAGACCAUUGCCGGGUCAAAAGUCGGGAGCUCCUAUUAAACGGAAGAGGAUCUCAUCUUCUGUGAGGGGAAGACCCAAGACAGCAGCCAGUUCUCACAAGCCCGUGGUAGCAACAGCUCACAAGAAAUGCGAACGAUUCACCAGCAACAUGUGCAUCCGCACCGAUGACUAUCCGCUUGAACAGAUCAUGGGCAGCAUAAGGCGCCACAAGAAUGCCAUGUCCGCCCUCUUGGCCGAGUUCUACGAUAAGCCCAACAAUAAUCUGGAGUUUGGAGACGACUUCGAUGACUUCAGCCUGAGCAAAAAGAGGCGUGAGGAUGAAGGCAGUGCAGGUGGGAUGUGCCAGAGCGUGGUGCGAUACGCCCGACCCCAGAAGGCGAAAUCCGCUUCGGGAGAGUGGAAAUACAUAGUGAACACUGGUCAGCACACGCAAACCUUGCGACUGGAAAAGUGCAGCAAUCCCGGCGAGAGCUGUUCCUACCUGGCGCAGACUUAUCGCUCCCACUGCUCGCAGGUGUACAACUACCACCGACUGCUGAGUUGGGACAAGGUUCGCGGUCUCCAUGUGGAUAUUUUCAAGGUGCCCACCUGUUGCUCCUGCCAGGUGGAUGGCUAUCGGCAGCAGUUCCCACCGCUCUCCUCCAUCCAAGCCAAGGAUUACUCUCCCUUGGGCAACACCCAUGCGAGUCACAAUGGUUAUAGCACCAUCAACGAAGAGGAUCUGGACUAUGCAGAUGAGAGCGAGGAGGACGAACUGGGUCUGCGGUAUCCUUCAUUCAACAAUCGGGAGACCAAUGAGCUGUACUCCAGCAGUAACAAGGUGCGAGUGAAGCUGCCUGGUAUAAGCACCAGUGUGGGUCCCUAUCUCAGUCCCCCAGAUGAUGACGAGGAUCGCUAUGGCAGCUACAAGAGCUCCAGUUCCGGAGCAGGAUCAGGAUCUAAGAAGUAUUACAGCCAGGUGGGCCGCCGGCGGCCCCAGCAGCACUCAGAGGCUCGUCUGGACUUGGAUUUGGCGCCGAGCGAGACGCAUGCGGACCAAGAGGUAAACCUAUUUGCUGGCCCACCAAACGGCGGUGCAGAGAAGCCGCGUGUCCCGCUCAAUCGCAAGCGUAUUUAUGCCUCCACCCACACAGCCCCCACCACCGCAACAUCAUCAGCAUCAUCAGCAGUAUCAUCCUCAGUACUACCAUCAGCCGCAGGAGAAGCUGCCGUCCGCCUACGAUUUCCACAGACCACAAGUCUACCAGCCCGAACGGGAACAGCUGCCCUUAGCCCGGGAUUCGUCGCCAGUUCCGGCCAGUCAGUCGGUGGUGGCUUCUUCAGCGGUGCCCCUUCCUAUGCCGCCCAUGCCCAUCAAGCAGGUGCCAACGCAGUUGCACCACCAACCAUUGCACCACCCACAGCAGCACCACCAGGCGGCCGGCAGCAAGGUGCCAGCAAAUCGCGACCCCGCUUCUAUGCACCACCAGCCAGCACCACCACGACGAGCUACUCAAUGGUUGCCGGCGGCCCAGCGGCGUCACUUUCGACCGAGCACACCACUCAGUCGACGGCACAACCACAACCGCCGGCCGUCUAUCCAGUGAGCCCGAUCUUCCCCAGCGGCGGGGCCAACGAGAUGUCGGGCAAGAGGAUCAACUACAAUUACCAUCCUAUCAUCGAUUUCUUCGAGAAGAAUCGCAGGGCUGAGGCGGCGGCUACAGUUAAUCCCCCGGUGGCAGAAGAAUCCAGGAUAGUGGAGCAGCGUAUAUAUCCUCAGAAUAAUCCAAAAUCUCAAAAUGGCAUGGGCAUGGGCAUGGAGAGCAUCGCUGGAGUGUAUCAGCAUCCCAUUCCGGUGCCCAAAACUCAUGAGCGGCGGAUGGGUUUCAGGGCGAAUAACGGUGGUGUGGGUGGUGCAGGUGCUGUGGGUGGUGGUGCUGGUGGUUUCGCCAACGAUAACGCCUGGCUGCCCGUGGUUGUGGAGUAGCUUUAGUCGCAUGAGUCCAUCAAAGUCCUCCAAGUCCUCCAAAAACCCGAUAAAUCUAACGUAUUAACGCUGUAGUCUCUGCCGUUCUCGCCGGGAGCCUAACAUUGUAGUUUCUCGAGCUGGCUCCUAAUCUCAACCCCAACCCACUCUAAUGUUUAACCAACUAUGUUUAUUUAUUUAUUUAUUUUGUAGUGUGUAGUGCAAGAAAU